AUGGAAUCAUCUUCUUCACAACGACAGCAGCAGCAGCCUACGCCGAUAAAGCAGCAACCACCUUCCAAAGUCCGGAGUGUGCCUAUUCCGCAACCUUUGCUUGUCAAACGCCGUUCCAGUCGAACCUCUCUUUCCUCAUGUGACGAAUGGGCUGAUGCAACCGCUUCAUGUCAGUCUCCCAAUGUCUUGUCAAUGACACCUGCACGUCCCAACCCACCUUCUUCUCACAAUUCCUCACUUCAGCCUCCAUUGACCACCAAAUCGUCAUCGCCCAGUCUAAUUGCCAAGGCUGUAUCCACAGCGAGUCGUAACAAUAGUUUGAAAGGGUCCUCAAGCAUGAAGCAGCAAUCGAAUGACUUGACAGUGGUGACACAACAGCUUGCCAUGGAUGACAAAGGAGCAUUGGAUGACGGCAGCAACAACAGCAACAGCAGCAGCAGCAGCACCAACAACGUUAGCGUGAGUGGUGGUACGAGAUCUCCGCAACACAAGCAACAAGGCAACAAAUAUGCGAGUCCACCUGUGGGAAGUGCUGGACGUUACAGGCUAAAGACAAAGCAUGCUAGUUUGAUUGAUGCUACUGCAGCUGGUAUAUCACCAUCAUCACCUUCAAGUUCACCUACGGGAACAACGAGUAGUUCACCCUCAACACCCCUCUCGGUUCCUGAACGAAGACUCAAGGAUGUAACAACUUCAACAACAACAACAACGACAUCAACAUCCUCUUCACCACGACGAUCAGGUUCACUUUCACGUUUAAAAGAUGAUCCAUGGGAUUGGCAUCAUCAACAAAAGAUGAUAUGGCCUCACUCCUUCUCAUCAUCAUCGGGUAGUAGUGGAGCAGGCGAACGUGCAAGAACAGCUUCUAUAUCUUCCAUUGCCACUGAGGAUGAUUUCCCUUUUUAUUAUCAACCAUUGCAAUUACCAAGCACUGCUAUCAAAGGCAAAUCAGCAGCUGUUCGUCGUAAUAAACAAGGUGCAGAUACGACUCAUGCACGAUCCAAUAGUGGCUCCACAGCCGAUUCUGAUACCAAUGACAAGAUUCCUGCUUAUCGACUCUCUUUACAUUCACUCAUGCAACGUCAAUUAUCCAAUAAGAGCAACAACAAAGCCAACGAUGACGAACAUGAAUCAACAACCUAUUUGGAUGCUGACAAGGAUGUCGUCGAGAUGGAUCUUGAUGCGAUUAAUCACAACAACAACAACAACAAUGAAGCGAGCAGCUAUGAUCCUUGCAUUGCAUAUGACGGCGGAAAUGGGAUGGAUGGAGCAUUCGAGAAUCUAUCACCCUUGUAUCCAGCGCUGGUAUUGGCAGCCAACAGUUACAGUUGCUUUGGAUCAGAUUCGGUGCAACAUGUUUUACGACGUGAUUUGAAUGAUGACACUACUAUGCUACGUAACAUGGCUACGUUUGGAGAGAAUGACAUUGAUCAUCAGCGAUUUGAAGAUGACAUGUUCGCCAAACGAUUGUACAUUGCACGCAUGACCAAGUUACAAAGAUGGAAGCAUACAGGCACCGGGGAAAUGCCCAAACUCCCAUCAUCAUCAUUACCACCGCCACCAGUAUCCUCGAUCCCUAUGACUUAUUGUCGAUCCGCUACUGCCACGUUGAUCAAUCCUCAUCAUCACCCUACAACUGAUUGGACAAUGCAACAUCCCCUUGACUUGGAUGAGAUGCCAUGGACCGAUUGGACUACCUAUCUUGUGCUGGAUGAUUAUCAACCAUGUACACGUGACCUGAUAUUGCAUAAGCUAUUACCUUGGUGGGGUAAUGUGAAUGCCAACGUCAAGCAGUAUGCCGAACGACAACGUCAAGUGGCGUUUCAUAACAACAACCAUCGACGACAUUGGCCUGGCAAUGAAAAAUCAUCUACAGAUUCAACAUUACGACGAAGGAAACAACGUAGCUUAUCGGUGGAUGUCACUGAUCUCGCACGACGACUCACAUUAUUAGGCGGCAAUGGAGGAGGAGGAGGAGGAGGAGGACCACCACUACCUACAGCCAAUAGCAAUGUGACAUCUCCAAUGGUGAUCCCCACUUCAAAAGAAGAACGUUCAGGAUCACUUGUAUCAACAACUUCAGUUUUAUCCACAUCGACGUGUGCUACAGUGGGAUCACCUUUGCGACAAUGUUUUCGUCCUCCUUCUUAUUCAAAUGAUGAUGGGGGUCAUCCUAGCUUGAAACCUAAUUCGGCAUCUCCAGCAGCAGCAGACAUGGCAAUGGGUGGUAGCGGAUUCAGCUAUCAGACCGAGUAUCUACGCACAUCGGGUGAUCUUUUUGGUGUUCCUGAUCGUGCUUCAGAGGACAAGGCUGCAGUCAGAGCUCGUCAAAGUAUCAAAUCACGAUUGCAAUGUGCCAAAUCCAUGUGUGACAAUAUCCUACUCAACGUGAUGCAUGAAUUGAAUCUGUUUGUGGAAGAAGGAUUGCGCUAUGGUGAUGCCGAACAAGCACUUCAAGAUAAUGACGAUGAGGAUGAUGAUGAGAUUAAAGAGGAUGAUGAAGAAGAAACCAUGGAUACCUCCUCAGCAAUGAUGAGCGAUACAAUGCUAUUACACGAUAUGCAGCAGCAGCAAGAGAACGAUCAACAUCAUCAUCAUGCUAUGAACACGGCUUCUGAUCCUAUCAAUACACCAGCUCUUGCCAUGAUUGCAGAAGAUAGCUAUUCACCUACGCCCUUCAUCUUGACAUUGCAAGAGUUGGUGGGCCUGGCACAAAAGAUUCUCAGCACGCCAUUGGACGUAUUCUUGAGUGAACCACAAAAAUAUACGGCAUUGGUGCAGAGUAUACAAAGCUUGGGCGUUGAAUGGGAGCAACAUCUUGAAUGGCCUUGUCGAAAGUUGUACGUGCGUUUGUUGGUUGGUGUGGCAGCAUUCAACCGAGCAAUUGAAUGGUGGGAAGCCGAGCGUCGAUUUUGGUCUGCAGCAUGGCCAAAUAGUACUACGCCAUCCGAGCAACAGGAUCAUGAACGUGCCAUCAAUAGCAAAGAGGAUGAUAUGGAUUUGUUUACCAGCAACAACAACAACAACAAUUCAACCAAUGUGCCUUCAUCACGAUGCUCAUCAACUGCACCUGUGGAUUUGGAAGAGGAGGGAGAUAUUAGAAAUGAUGGGGAUUCCGAAGGCGAGGAGGAUCAGCAAUCAUCAGAGAGCGAAAUGAAUCUCAAGCAGUUGCAAGAGGCUAUUGAUCGUGGACAAAUGCAUACUAUCGUUAUGGAAAUUGGACUUGAUGCCGAUACGAUCCAAUACAUCAGUCCAAUAUGGCACAAUGUCACAGGGAUGGAUAUCGAUCGAGUGAUUGGGACCAAGAUCUCACGCAUGCUUGCAGAAGAAGACAUGGAUGUAUUUGAAGCUGCAACUUCCGAAUUACUUGACGAUGAUUCAAGGACGGUGGAGAUCCAGUUUACAGUGAUACGGCAGGAUCAAUCAGCAGCCAACGUUAUCCUUGAAGGCAAAGGAAUGCUUAUGCAUGACCACGUGACUGGAGAACCAAGCCAUACUAUGUGGGCGGUGAAACCAAGAGGAUCAUCAUCAUCCAUGAAUGACACCACAGCCGAACAACAAUCAGCAUCCACAUCAGCGUUUUCGAGAGAAAGCAUUAUCUUCGGUGGUGGUGAUGAACAACAGAAUUCUUGUGCAACAAUAAGCAAUACUCGUAGCCGGUCGCAUUCGGAGCCUGCUUCCGAGAUGAAGGAGGAAGGCGAGGAUUCAGCAAUGGCCAUGCGACGAGCUAUUUCCCAUGGUGGUGUACCUGUGUCAGAAAGCCUCCUUGCAUCGCCAUCGUGCCUUUUGGAAUUACCCCCAGUGUUAUGUCAUAUUUGCGAACGUUGGGUGGUGGUAGCCUUUUUUGAACAACAUGCCGAAUUAUGUGUUGAGGUACAUCGGACCGAAAUGGAUGUGAUUAUCUGCAAUGACAAUCUCAAGGAGGCAACCUAUCACGUUCAGCAAUUGCUUGAAGCGCUUGAAUCACCUGAUAAUGGACCUACAGCGGCGGACAUCAAAGAGGAGGAGAAGAACAAUGAAAGCAGUGAUUCCAUCUUUGGUGAUUGUUUACCUGUUGAGGAACAAGACCCACUUGAAUUGCAAGAAUCAGAACGUGCCGUGUACAAGAGUCUAUUGGAGAUCUUGGACGUUGCAUUUGGUAUCCCAACCCCGGGUACAGAUGAAUUUGAUCAAGAUCAAAAAUGGCGUGACGCUAUGAUUGAAAUCCUUUAUUGGCGACCACCUCAUGUGGAUGAUUCAGAAUUGACUUCCUUGAUACGAGAUGUGGAGGCAUUAACGAAGGCCAAGGUAGAAGCUGUCAAUCGCAUGCAGGAUCGUUUGGAUUAUAACGAACGUGUACGUGCUGAAUACCAAGGUCGAAUGAAUGAGCGUGAGGGGUGGACCGAAUUUGUAUCAGAGGAAGGCACAGCUAUUACAAGUGGAGAUAGCAACAACGCCACCAACACCACCGCAAAGCAACAACAAAAUGAGGCGUCGGAUAAACCUAUCAAAGAAAAAGCUGUCAAAAAGUCUUUGAUUGGUCGUUUCAAGCAGUGGAAAUCAAAGAGCGUGAGUCGACUUACACGCAGGCAACAGCAGCGAAAACGAAAGGCCAAGACAAGACACACACCGCCAUCUUCAUCAUCAUCAUCAGGCUAUCGUCAGCAGCAGCAGCAGCAGCAUAAUCGACAACAAAAUCAAUUACAGACCCCUACACGCUUGGAUGUGAACAACAACCCAUCAAAGGUCAAAUCAGAAGCUUUGGGGCGAUCACCAACAUCACCAUUACCAGCACCCAUUACACCACGGCCUAGUCUUCCAAGCAUCACUGAUUUUGAUAUCAUCAAACCUAUCAGCAAAGGUGCAUUUGGAUCGGUAUUCUUGGCCAAGAAGAGAACAACGGGCGAUUACUAUGCGAUCAAGUUUCUCAAAAAGUCUGAUAUGAUCGCCAAGAAUCAAGUGACCAAUGUCAAAUCGGAGCGAAUGAUCUUGAUGACACAAACCGAUAGUCCUUUUGUGACCAAGCUUUACUACACAUUUCAAUCCAAGGACUAUCUAUACCUUGUGCUCGAGUACUUGAAUGGCGGGGAUUGUUCAGCACUGAUCAAAAUGUUGGGUGGAUUACCACACGAAUGGGCGCGUAAUUAUCUUGCCGAGGUCACAUUGGGAUUGGCAUACUUGCAUAGCAACAACAUUGUUCACAGAGAUCUGAAACCAGACAAUUUGUUGAUUGAUCAAAAGGGCCAUAUCAAGCUGACAGACUUUGGAUUAUCGCGCAUUGGCUUUUUGGAUCGACGUGUUCGGGAUGAAUUAUCCAGCAGCAACAGCACCUUUGAACAUCCCCAACCACAUUCACCCGCUCCUUCACGAUCAGGCACACCACCUCAAUCACCAGCUGUAUUGGAUGAUGGCACAUUAUCAGCCAACCUUUAUCGCCCAUCGUACUUUAAUUUGCUCUUUGAUCGUGAACGUCGACGUGGAUCGAUGGCUAGCAGUGCAACAUCAGGCGAUGGAUCAAGUACACCUGUUACCGAUUUCACGCCAUCCCUUACACGAUGCGACACUGGAAGUACACAGCCACAACAAAGACAUCGAUCCAGCACAGGCUAUUCAAGUAACUUUGGUGGAAUUGCAACACCUGGCAUCAUCACACCCGGCUAUAUGCAUCCUGAACGCAUGCGUAGACAAGAAGCAUCCACAGUGGGUGCUGUUGGUACUCCUGAUUAUCUUGCCCCUGAAAGCAUUCUUGGUACAAAGCAAGAUGCAAGAGUGGAUUGGUGGGCGUUGGGAGUGAUAUGCUACGAAUUCAUAUAUGGAUUUCCACCUUUUCAUGCUGAAACAGCCGACAAGGUUUUCGAAAACAUCCUCUCGCGACGUAUCGAAUGGCAUGAAGAUGUCAUUGAAUUGCCAGCUGAGACACGUGAUUUCAUCGAGCGAUUAUUGAGCGUUGAUCCUGAAAAGCGGUUGGGUAGCAACGGAGCUGAAGAAGUCAAAGGCCAUCCAUUUUUCAAGGACAUUGAAUGGGACACGCUUUUAUCACAAUCACCAUCAUUUGUACCCAAUCCUGUGAAUGCGGAGGAUACUGAUUAUUUUGAUGCACGUGGUGCUGUGAUGAUUGAUCCGGAGAUGAAGGAUAUGGGUGGAAGAGAAGAGUUGACAUGUGCUGCCAAGGAACAGGUGGAACGAGCCAAAGCGAUCAUCCAAGAACAGAAUCCAGAGAAGCUGACAUCCAUUGGCGGCAACCAUAUUAAUGCAAAAAGUGGUGGUCAAUCUGUUGGGGAAGCUGAUUUAUCCAUGUAUCGCGAUGAUUUUGGGACAUUCGUGUACAAGAACCUGCCCAUGUUGGAGAAGGCCAAUGAGAGUGCGAUUAGGAAGAUCAGGCAAGAUAGCAUUGCUGUUGGUGGUAAUGGUGGUCGAUCGUUGCCAGCCAUUCUUUCUCGCAAAAAAGGACUUGGAAAAAGGGGAUCAAUUUUCGAUUUGGAUCUACAGCAACAGCAACCACAGCAACGGCAAUCAAUUUCAUUCCCCAACACACCUCAUAGUCUAUCGCCAUCAAGUUCUGCCAAAGUGACACCACGUAAAUCAGUUGAUCAUCCACCGCCUCCUCCACCGCCUCCACCAUCAACAUCCUCUCUUCCAGCAUCAUCUCAACCACUUAUGAUUAAAAAGUCGUCAUGGUUACCACAUCGAGCAAGAUCAGCUUCAUCACCAGGCGGUGGUAAAUCCAAUGCUUCUUUACGAAAACAACAACAUCAAUCAUUAUCUGAAAGUUAUCCCACUCCUCCACUUGAAGAACAACAACAACAAUUCUCAUCUCCAACCAUGGUCGCAUCUACCACCACUACCGAUAUGAGCGACCUGAUAUUCUCUAUUGCAGAUCCACCUCCAGCACCUCAUCCACUGGAAAAGUCGAUACCACUACCACCUUCAUCUUCAUCAUCAACAUCAGCCAACAACGCACCACGUAAAACACUGGAUUGCUUGGUGGCCGAUGACAAUCCCAUCAAUUGCAAGAUUCUCGAGACGAUCCUGACCAUGCUGGGUUGUCGUUGUGUGAUUGUACGUAAUGGAGCUCAAGCUAUUCGAUGUGCCAUGGGUGACGAUGUGCAAUUUGAUCUCAUCUUUAUGGAUAUUCGUAUGCCAAUCAUCGAUGGUGAAACAGCUUCACGAAUGAUCAAAUCUACACAAAACAUCAAUCAGCAGACGCCCAUUAUUGCAGUGACAGCCUACGAGCGAUCAGCACAACAUGCAGGUUCUUUUGACGACAUCCUCUUGAAGCCUUUGAAUCAAUCCAUGGUAUUACAACAACUUCGUCAAUUUUAUCCAUCCACCCGUAGCCGAAAACCAUCAUCCGUUUUUUCAUCAUCCUCACUUGCAGCAAUCAAAAGCAAAAGCCUAAAAGCUUAA